GUUUUCGAUCAGGCUCUGGUUAGUGGAGACGUCAGUGACGUCACAGACACAGUAACAUACACAGAGGACGCUUUUGUGUUUUUUUUGGAUUAGUGUUGUGUUAAGUGCGGCUGCGUGUCAAAUAAAACAAUGAAGCCACUACUACAGACAGUGGUGGCACUAAGCCUACUACUGAUAGUUCGGGCACUACCUGAAAACAUAGAAGACGUGAAAGAACUGCCUCAGUCCAAAGAACCAGUAGUCGAAGCUGAAGAAUCCGAACCCCAAACCAGAGUCGAACGCUGCACAAAGUGCGCUGCAAACACAUUAAAAAUCAAAACGCCUCGAGAAAUCCUUGCAGCGCUUCAAGCGCUACCAGCUGGUGAAGUUCACACGCAACAAUCAUUCGAAGGCUGUUCGUCCGAGAAAGGAUGUGCUGGACUCAAACUGAAAGACGGUAAAGUUGUAGAAAAAUAUGGCAAUGUAGACGCCUUCAACGCAGCAGCUGCUGCUGAUGUUAACAAUGAGUUUAACUUCCAAGCAGGCUUUGCUAACAACGUCUUAGGAGGUGCUAUAGGUGAGAAACCUUUCUGGUGGAUGAAUGAAAAUUCACCAUUCAAACUUGGAUCAGCUAAAGGAGGAAGCUUUGAAAAGUAUAGCAAAUCUUCCAGUUCAAGGUACUCGAGCAGUGGAAGUAGUGGAACCAUCGGAGGAGGCUUAGAUUUAGCUAACAACCCGUUCUUAAACGGUAACGUUGGAUUAGGCGCAGGACAAAACAUUGCAGCUAUCAAACCUAACACCAUCCAGUCCUCUUCAUACGAAGCGUCGUCAUUUACUUCGUCUAACAAAGGCGAUUUAGAUUUAAGUAAGAAUCCUUUCCUGAACGGAGGUUUUAAAGCCGGCCAAGCUGGAGCCGUCGGUUAUGGAGCUGGACUUGCAGCUAAUCAAGGAUUUGGUGCAAGUGGAGUAGCUCAAAACUUUGAUGCCAGUGCUAUCAAUUCCGCAAGUGCAAUCAAUGCUGCUGCUGCCCAAGGCUUUAGCAAUUCAUUCGGAGCUGGCUUUGAGUCUGCGAAUAAGGUCGCUACAGGAUACACUGGAUCUUCUCCUAGCCCAUUCGUAACACCUAGCAUUAAUGUGAUUCAGGAUGAGAAGGCUAGUGAGUUCGAUUUUGAGCAGCAACAACAGACACAACAAAAUGUUGACAAAUUCUUUCAAUCUAGUAAUGUUGGCAUCGAUGUUUCUGGAGGUGAUCUGCAACAAAGCUGUGUUUCUGAAGGCUACUCCUGCGUAAUCAAGUCCCAAUGCAACAACGGUGUGGCGUAUCUUCGAAUCAAUCCAGGGGUAAGUGUUUUAAUAAUACAAAUAUUAGUAUCUUAAGAAUUGAAGAAGAUUACUAUUUAAUAUAGCUUAAAAAUCACCGAUUCGAAUCCUAGUUUGGAUAUGAUGAAUAACUAAGUUA